UCAUCCUCAGCUUAAGUUCUCUUACAUUAACGAAACAUUCUAAAAAGUUUUAGUAGUAAAAAAUGACUUCAGGAAGUCUUUUGUCUAUUGAAACAUACCUUAAAGAAUGGGAAAAUAUAUGUUCAAAUUUUUACGUAAAUAAUGAUGAACUUGCUGGUACAAUUAUUGGACUUGUAGAAUUUGCUUCACAUUCUGAUGAAACUAUUACUUUAAAUUUUUCUGAUAUUGACCAGACGGUAGCGGGAAAGAAGGAAGAUUUAGAAAAGCUACUUAAUAAAAUAGGUUUUGUUAAUGGUAUAAUGUUAUUACCACAAGAAUAUAAUAAAUACCUCGAGGCAAAACGUAAAAUUCGAUCAGAAUUUCAUCAUAAAAAAGCAACACAACUUUAUGAAGAAUUAGAUAGAUUAUUAAAUUCCAAACCAGCACAAUAUACUCCUUUACAUCGUCGUUCAGAAUUAUCAACUUUCAUUAAUCAAUAUAAAAAUUCAGUUGGUGCAAAAUCUUUUAUUAAAGGAUUAUUACAUAUAUUUAAAUUACAAUUAAAUCAACCAAUUUUAGCAAGUUGGACUUUUUUAGAUGAUAUAUUUACUCAAAAUGGUCCUGAUUUUAUGAGAGCUAGCGUUAAUCUAUUGAUUAAUGUAUUAAGUUUUACUCAUACAGUUCAACAAGCCGACGAAAGUGGUCAAGAUGAUAAUUUGAGAACUUGGUAUAUGAGCAGUUUAUUAAGUGAUUCCGAAAUUAAGUUAUUAAUUGGAAUUUUUCCAAAAGAAAAUACUUUUAAUAAUGUAAGAGCGACUGGUACCAUAGAAUUAUCUUCACAACAAAGACCUGCUGAAAUGAUUUCAUCCGAAGGAAAUAUUAGUAAAUUAUGUUAUUUACCUUUUAAAAUUCUUUUAUUUUGGUGGAGUCUUGCAAAAUUAUGUUUAAAUUUUUGUUCUGGAAUCAUUGGAUUUAAAAAGAACAAACCUUCUGUUUCUUCCGAGUUGGUUUAAUUUAAUUAAUUUAAUUUAA